AGGGAGGGGGAGGAGGCGGCUGCGGUGGCCGUUAGACAGCAGCAGGAGGAGGAGGAAGGGGAGGAGCAGGAGGAGGUGAGGGGAGGCGGCCGAGGCUGUCCGUCGUGGCCCCCCCACCCCUGGAGCCCCUGGGCCAAGCCCACCACCUGGGGACCAGGAGCGCGGGCCGCUGAGGCCAUGGAGCACAUCACGCUGCCCAAGGUUGAAAAUGUCCUGUUAUUGAAUCGUUAUGUAAACAAGAAACCAGCUAACGGGACUCUCUACCUUACUGCAACCCAUCUGAUAUAUGUAGAUGCUUCUGCUGAGGUCCGGAAGGAAAUCUGGAUUCUGCACCACCACAUUGCUGUUGUGGAGAAGUCAGCCCUUACCUCCAUGGGUCAUCCUCUGCUCUUGCAUUGCAAAAACUUUCGGACAGCACACUUUGUCUUUGGGUCUGAAUGGGAAUGUUAUGAAGUACAUGCCUCACUGCUCAAGCUCUCCCAGCCAGUGAGACCAGAAGAACUUUAUGCUUUUUCUUAUAACCCCAAAUCUUCAAAAGAUGAUAGAGAAAUGGGAUGGAAAACGAUCGACUUAAAAUCAGACUACAAACGUAUGGGAGUCCCAAAUGACUACUGGCAAAUAACAGAUGCAAACAAAAACUAUGAGGUUUGCAGCACAUACCCUCCUGAAAUAGUCAUUCCAAAAGCAGCUAGCAAGGCAAUAGUCAUGGGAUGUGCCAAGUUCCGAAGUCGAGGACGUAUUCCUGUGCUUUCUUACUUCUACAAAGAGAACAAUGCUGCCAUAUGCCGCUGUAGCCAACCCCUCUCUGGAUUUGGGUCCCGCUGCCUGGAGGAUGAACAGAUGUUACAGUCCAUCAGCCAAGCCAACCCAGCCAGCCCAUUCAUCUAUGUGGUAGACACGAGGCCAAAGCUGAAUGCCAUCGCUAACCGAGCAGCUGGAAAGGGGUAUGAAAACGAGGAUAAUUAUGCCAAUAUUCGAUUCAGGUUCAUUGGUAUUGAAAACAUCCAUGUAAUGCGGGGCAGCCUGCAGAAACUCCUGGAAGUCUGUGAAAUGAAAGUUCCGUCAAUGAGUGACUUUCUUGCUGGCCUGGAGAACUCAGGGUGGUUGAAACAUAUUAAAACUAUUAUGGAUGCUGGAAUCUUCCUUGCAAAGGCGGUGAAAGUGGAAAAAGCUAGCGUCUUGGUCCAUUGCUCUGAUGGCUGGGACCGCACGGCCCAAGUAUGCUCUCUGGCUGGCAUCCUUCUUGAUCCGUUUUACCGGACGUUUGAAGGACUGAUGGUCCUCAUAGAAAGGGAAUGGAUCUCUAUGGGUCACAAGUUUUCACAAAGAUGUGGUCACCUGGAUGGGGACCCCAAAGAAGUAUCCCCGGUCUUCACCCAAUUUUUGGAGUGUAUCUGGCAACUGAUGGAGCAGUUUCCCUGUGCUUUUGAGUUUAAUGAGCUUUUCUUACUGGAGAUCCAUGAUCACGUUUUCUCCUGUCAAUUUGGGAACUUCAUAGGAACCUGCCACAAGGAGCGGGAGGAGCUGAAAAUCUUUGAGAGAACCCAUUCCUUGUGGCCUUUCCUGUUACAGAAGAAAACUGAGUUCAGGAACCCACUGUACAAGGGCAUCACUGCUUAUGGGGUACUUCAUCCCAACACUUUACCAUUCAGCUUCCAGUUCUGGUGUGGAAUGUACCAUCGUUUUGACAAAGGGAUGCACCCCAAGCAGAGCAUGCUGGACUGUCUCCUCCAACUUCUGAAUCGGCAAGUGAAGAUGGAGGAGGACAUGACACACUUAGAGACUAAGCUGCCAGGCCUCCAUGUUCUCUCCCUGGAAGAUACUUGUAUUCAGCCUCAGACAGAAAGUGCCUUGAGGAAGCCUCUGAAAAAUCUACCGCCUGACAUUCCACCUGCCUUGCUACCCAAUGGCAGCCUAACUGGGGAAGGAGAUGUACUGCCUGAUCUGGCUGCAAAGCAAAAACAGUCUGUGUUCACCUCAAACCAGCCACCCAGCACUGGAAAUAGAGGCCAACAUCAAGAAGAAAAACAUCAGUGAUCCGGCUGCAUUUGGGAAUCACAGAUGUUUACAGAAUCCCAGAAUUUUGGAACAAGAAGGGACCUCGGAGGACAUCCCAGAAUUUUGGAACAAGAAAGGACCUCAGAGGGCAUCUAAUUCUGCCCAUAUCCAAAAAGGCAUCCAUACUACAAUAUAUCCAACAAAUGGUCAUCUAGCUUCUGGUUGAAGAGAGAUAAUGAAGGGGAGUCCAGUAUCCCUGAGGUGGCCUGUUCCAUUUCAGGAUAACUCUUAUUUUUUGAGACACUUCUCCUGACCUCAAGCUGAAAUCUGCUUCUCUGUAACCUCUGCCUAUUCCUCCUACAUUUGUCCUCUAGGGCCAAGUAGAAUAAAUCUAAUCCUUCUACUACAAAAUCCUGAAAGACAGAAAUCAUGCAUCCUCCCCACCUCCCUUCCCCAAGUCAAAACUUCCCUACAUCCUUCAAUUCAUUCCUCAUUAGAGGCCUUUCAUCAUCAUGUUUGCCGUUCCUCUAGACACUCUAGUUUAUCGAUGCUGCCCAGAACAGAGCACUCUAGUCUCGCUGGGCUCUAACCACAGACUGCAAAGGGAUUAUCAGAUCUUUAAUUCCUGGAAUGCAAAAUUGGGGGGGCUUCCUUAUAUUGUUGGUCCCUACUGAGCUUGCAGUCCACUAAAACCCCAAGAUCUUUUUCAGGCACACUCCUGUAUAACCAUGCUUCCCCCAUACUUGUGAAGAUGAUUUUUAGAACCCCAUUGGAAGACUUUACAUUGAUCCCUAUUGAAUUUCAUCUGAUUAAACUCAGCCCAAUACUCUGGCUUAACAAAACCUUUUUGAAUGCUGACUUUGUCAUCUGGUUUGAUAACUAUCUCUCCUAGUUUGAUGUCCUCUAAAAAUGUAUUGAGUAUCCCAUCUCUGCAGCCAUAGACUUUGGAACUGGAUGGGACCUUGUUCAUUGUCUGCUUUAGCCCCUUCAUUUAAUUUUUUUUUCUGAAAUGAAACCAAUCAUAAAAUAAAAGCAACAGCAGCAAAACCUACACCUGUGGCAGGGAGCAUGCGGCCUUGAGGCCACCUAUGGCCUUGUAGGUUCUCAGGUGCUGCCUUUUGACUGAGUCCAAUCCUUUUAUGAAGGGGAUUUAUUCUAUGAAGUUUGGAUUCGGUCGAAGGGCCA